ACCAGCACUGAGUGUUGCUUUUAAAUUAUGCUGACCAAAGCAUAACAAUCGCUGUACCCGGAGUUCGAACCCAACCCAGCCAAUGUUCAUUCAUUUCACUCUCAAUUACCGAUCGAUCAACAUGUCGCGUGGUGUCAACUCGAUCGUCGUCACUUUGCUGUGCCUUGGCUGGCUUCAGAGCCUUACAAGCGGGAAGGAUUUUAACUUCAUCUUCGAUCCGCACGAGAUGGAAUGUUCGGGCAACGUGACCUACGAUAAGGUGAUGCUGACGGCGUACCGGCCCAACUUCGAGAGCGAGGAAAAACGGGACUACACCGACCUGAAGCUCAAGAAGCUGUACUCGUUGCAGGACUUUCUGGACCAUCGGGCCCCGUUCGUGUCCUGCGGGAUGGAUUCCAAGUUGAAGAUACCGUACGGAACGCCGAUCUGCAUUCCGGAGUUGAAUAUACACUUCCGGCGGAACAUCAAGCUGCAGGUGAGGGAUACGCAUCAGGAUCUGUCCGGCGGUGGCUAUCGGCGGGUGGAUAUUUGCGUUCGUACGCAAGCGGACAGCUUCGAUGAUAUCGUCAAUUUGUUGGAUGCUACGCUGAUUUUUUGAAGUGUGAAUAAAGUGUGUGUGGCAUGGUACA